CCGGGUAACACACACUGACCCAACGGCGGGUGCUGCGCGUGCUGACGUGCUGCCUUGUGCCUGUCUCAGGAGGUUUGUUUGGGAAGUUCACCUGGCUGUCGCUGAUGGAGACCAGACAACAAGAGUUGUACUCUAGUGUUCUGAGUGAUGCAGUGGUGGACUGGGGCAGCAUGGGUCCUGGAGAGGAAUGGGUAAACUCAGCCACACACAAGAGAGAGCAGGUUAAGAGCAGCUCAAAUGGUGAAGACAUGGCUCCAGUGGCCCAAAAUGGGGGAAACCUAACAGAAUGGGGUAAAGCUUCACCUUCAGGGGACGAUCAUCAGGGCCAUACAUCAACGUCCCACUCUGACAUCUGGGACAUGUCCACCACUUGGGAUAUGCAACUGGACAGCACAGAGAGAGGACGCCUCACAGCAGGGUUUCUGGACUCUGAGCCACUGAGGGAGGCUGAUGAGGACUUUGCGUCCCAAGUCAACAACUCCAUCAUGACUGAAGAGGAGAGAGAGGAGAUUCAACAAGAACUAGCUAAACUGGAAGAGGAGAUCAGCACGUUGAGGCAGGUUUUGUCGUCCAAAGAGAAGCAACACGCAGACCUCAAACAGAAACUGGGCAUCAAUCCUCUGAGUGAGCUCAGAAACAACUUCAGCAGAGGCUGGUACGACGUGCAGACCUCCACAGCCUUUAAGAAGACAUCAGAGACGCUGUCCACAGCAGGACAGAAAACCACAGCAGCCUUCAGCACACUGGGGAGCGCCAUCACCAGGAAGUUCGAGGACAUGAGGUCCAACUCUAUAGGCUACUCUAUCAGACACUCUAUGAGCAUGCCAACCAUGAGAAACUCCCCCAGCUUCAAGUCUUUUGAGGAGAAAGUUGAGAAUACAGUGUCUACUAUCAAGACAAAGGUUGGCAGUUCAGAGACUGGAGGCAGCUUUGAGGAAGUCCUCUCCUCGGCAGCGAAUGCCAGCUCUCAGGACACACCCACUAACACCUUGACGGACAGCUCCGAGAGACCGCGUUAGAGCUGCAUCCACACCACGAGGCGGGACUUCAACCAAGAACUCUUAUCACUGCUGUAUCAGAGCGCAUAUCUUACUCUAAGGCUCUGACUAAAAUGUUACCCAUUGCUUUUAUUUGAUCACAUGGUUAACAUGCAAACAAUCCCAUGUAUGUGAUGAAGUCUUCUAACACUUGGAUGGAAGUUUCUGCAACCCCAAAUGCUUAGACUUGAUAGAAAAUUGCUGCCAAUUCUUGUUUGGACCAAAUUUAGCCUAAAUAUUCUAAAGCAGCAGCUGUCUACUUUUAUUCUGAAAGAUCUGGACAGCCAACAUCAGUGUUAAACACAUUUAGCGGUUGAUCUUUUUGUUGGAUGAGUCUCCUUCAUUGUGGUGGCCUCCAGAGGCCUCCAAACCAUGGUGAUGUUGGGUCAGAUGGGGUCGAAGGGGAGAAGUGGUUAAAAAAUAAUGAAAUCAAAGAAGGAUGAGGGGAUUCCCAGAACCAAAGCUGUUUAUUUCUGCUCUGUAUUUCUUCUGUAACUUGAGGGUCUUGUGGUUUGGCUCAUUUACUUUGUCAUCACAAGUGGAAAAACACAGCUGGAGUUCGUCACACACAAAAUAAGAGGUUAUAACCUUUUUCUUUUGCUAUGUAAAUUCUACAUAAACAGAAACAGCCAUGUUGGCAUCAAAAUUCUGCAUCACUUAUAACUUUCAGAUCAAAAGAAACCCCCGACAAAACUACAUUUUAGGUUACUGGAAAUACGUGUUUCAUAAAAUAAAAACACAAUUUCUGCUACGUUUUCAGCGACCCACUACUUUUUACUAAAAUGUUUUUAAAAAUAUGUAAACAACCCGAGUAAAUGUGAACCACACAGAAGUUGGGUCAUGGUGGCAGCAGGUUUAGCAGGACGUUCCAGUCUUCCCUCUCCAAGGGAACACUUUCUAAUGUCUCCUGAGGUGUACCGAUAAAAGUAUUUUAUUUUUUCAUGACUGACAAUCUGAUUGUUCACUUGGGACGAUGAAGUCUGAUGCUGGAGAUGAAGAAACAGCUGCACUGUUUUCCCUCAGUAAGGUGCUGAUGGUAAAAACAUUUUAACCUGUAGAGAUAUCCAGAUUAUAUAAACGUGUACCAUUUAUCAAUGUCACCUGCCCUAAAAA